AUGGGGCUGAACGGGCUGGCCCUGAAGGUGAGGAGUACUGUGAUGCUCCCGCUACAAAGCGAAGCCAUAAGGCUACGGUACGCAACAGCAGCCUGCUGCUCUGCCAGCUUUGGAGCAUUCCUCAUAGCACCAGGAGGAGAUCUGCGGACAUACUGCAAUCCCAAUAUUGAGGCUGAGUACCAGCGCGAGGCUAUGAAGCUGUGCAUGUCCUGCGAAGACCUGCAAGGUUUAACUUCCCUCCUUACGACUCUCUCAUGUCUAGCCCUGCACACUUCUUCAAAUGAGAGGAAGAAGGAGAAUUUGCGAGUCUCAUCCUUGUAUUGGACUCGAACUUACUUACGCUGGAGAGUUAUGCAUAUAUGGCAACAGGGUCGUGGAUCUUGGUUUAUAUCAAGAUUGCGUUGCUAUUUUGGAAGCUCUCAGCAAGUGGCACAGCUCUCCGGGGAGUAUGUGGGUGGUGGAAAUGCUGCGCUGGCGUGGGUGAUGGAGCCAGGUCCCCCCCAGGAACGACGAUGCCUCUACCAGGAAGCAGCUGAGUCCGGGACUGUGCCUGGUGCUUGCCUGCACAGAGGAGUCCAGCUCGAUGGACUUUAUGCUGAACCCUUAAGCCCAGCGUGCAAACACUGGGGGGAAGAUGCUGCUCUGCAGGCACUGCUGCUGCUCACAGCUCUGCCAUCUGUCCUGAGGAGGAUCUUCAAAUUUGUAUAUUCUGAAGGUUUUGCACGGUCUCAUUCUGGAUCCAAGUUUGAACUCUGGGGCUACCAUUCAUGUCAGCACAAGAAAAACUUCACAGCGAGCAAAGUUCCUGCUGCUCCACCCCACAUAGCUACACUGGACAGCAAGGUCCCUGCACUGGAAGCGCGUGGUCUGAAGAGCUGUCUAAGGAACCGGCUUAUUCCCUUGGACAGGCGGAGUGCAGAAAAGACUGCGAGUGCCAAGGUAGCGUUCUGCAUCAAAACCAGAAAGCUUCAGCUCAUCUGCUGCACUCUCCUGCAGGUCUAUCGCCUGCAGAUUGUUUCUGCUAGCAUAGCAGCUCAGCAUCCUGUGGAGUGUCAGUCAGAGAUGGAGAUGGAUGUGGAGGUGGAGGUGGAGUCGGAGUCCUCCCCAGACCAGGAGGAGGUGGCUCUGUUCAGUGCGAUAGCCUGUCCCAGGGGUUGUGUGGAGAUUGAUCUGGAAGAAAUUACUUUUUAUAAAAGGGGGAAAAAAAAGGCUCUGGGUGUAAUGCAACUCUCACACUUCCUGGAGGUGCAGCAGGGUGCUUCGUCUACAGACAUUCGGAAAGCAUAUCGAAAGCUUUCACUAAUUUUACACCCAGACAAGAAUAAGGAUGAAAAUGCAGAAACACAGUUUAGGCAAUUGGUGGCCAUCUAUGAGGUUUUAAAGGAUGAAGAAAGGAGACAGAGGUAUGAUGAUGUUCUGAUCAAUGGACUACCAGAUUGGCGACAGCCUGUAUUCUACUACAGGCGGGUGAGAAAAAUGAGCAAUGCUGAGCUGGCAUUACUCUUGUUCAUUAUACUCACAGUGGGUCAUUAUGCUGUGGUUUGGUCAAUCUACCUGGAAAAACAGCUGGAUGAACUGCUUAGCAGAAAAAAGAGGGAGAAGAAGAAAAAAACAGGCAGCAGGAGUACAGAGGAAGCCAAACUUGCUGCUCUAGACAAAAAUGAAAGAGUACUGGACAAACCACAAUGGCAUGACUUACUUCCAUGCAAACUAGGAAUAUGGUUCUGUCUCACUGUGAAAGCUUUACCUCAGCUAUUCCAGGAUGCCAGACAAUUAUAUAUAGAAUAUAAAGAAACAAAAAUGAAGGCGAAAGAAGAUGCCCUGGCUAAGGCUGAACUUGAAACACUUCAGAAGGAGAAGAAGCCUAAAGUCAAGAAACCAAAAUCAGAAUUCCCUGUAUACACGGUUCUGGAGUCAAGUGCAUAUAUACCAUCAUAUGAUCAUGGAGCUUCAAUUGAAGAGAUUGAGGAACAGAUGGAUGAUUGGUUGGGAGGCAGGAACAGAACACAAAAAAAGAAGGCACCUGAAUGGACAGAGGAGGACCUCAGCCAGCUGACAAGAAGUAUGGUUAAGUUCCCAGGGGGGACCCCAGGUCGAUGGGAAAAGAUUGCUCACGAAUUGGGUCGAUCAGUGGCAGAUGUUACGAUGAAAGCCAAACAACUGAAGGAUUCUGUCAUGUAUACACCAGGCAUCAUUAGGCUCUCCGAGCUUAAAACGCUGGCCCAGAAUUCCAAGAACGUCAAAGUCAAUGUGAAUUUGCCAGACCACAUAAUCACCCGGCGAGAAAGGGAGGAGGAAGAGGAAGAGGAGGAGGAGGGGAACUACAAUCAUAUCCCAGAGCAGAGGGAUGUCCAAAUAGAUCAAAAGGAGACCAUUGCAAGUGAAACUAGACACCGCAAACGAAAAAUUCUCAAAGUGCCUGAAAUGACUCUACCAGCAACAAGAGAGGUGCUAGAAGAGAAGGGCAGAGGAAGACGCCAGAAAGAUUUUGAUAACACCGAGCAAGAGGAAGAGAGUGAUGAUGAAGGCAGAAAAAGGGAGAAAAGCCAUGCCCCAGAAGAACUGUGGACUCAAAAUCAACAGAAACUUCUUGAAAUGGCCUUGCAGCAGUAUCCAAAGGGAACAUCGGAUCGCUGGGAUAAAAUAGCAAAAUGUGUUCCUGGAAAAAGCAAGGAGGAGUGUAUAGCAAGAUACAAGUUGCUUGUUGAACUGGUACAAAAGAAAAAAAUGGCUAAAAGCUGAACGUUCUGAGCAGAAGAGAUUUAGCUCAUCUUUGUCAAAAUGGGAUUUUAAAUCUCAUAUGUGGGAAACCGCAUUUUUGUACCUCAGUAUUUCUGUACGUCAUGUGCCUUAGUAAAAGAAAAUAUCAAUAAAUCUUAUACCAUCCUACCUA